CAGAAAAGCUCUCUCAAAUCGCUGUGUCAAAAAACAGAGCAUUUAAAUGGCUCGUAUUAUGCGUUCCGUGGCCACCAUGGCCAUGCUUACCUUCGCCAGCCUCGCGGUUGCUGAGAGCCCAAUGCGCCGCAUGCAGUCUCUCACUGGCGUGCUCUCUGGCGCAGCCAAGGAUGUCAUGGAGGACACGCUUCCUGCUUACAAGCCUGACGGCGAGCUCACCAUGAUGCAGGACACCUGGAAGAAUGGCCUUGAUAUCAUGAAGCUCUUUGAGACCAGCUUUGCCUCCCCGGGGAUGAAGGCGAUCCUGGACGACGUGGAGACCCAGCACAAAAUCAUGGAAAACUUGCCGUUGCUUGCUGCCUUUGAUGGCUUCAAGGAGAUCACGGGGCGCCGCCUGGAUGAUGCCGGGACCACUGCCGGUUUUACGGCGGGCCUGAACAGCAUUUUGAAAACGCUGCCUGACAUGCUUAAGACCAUGAAGGAUCCGAGCAUCUCCACCCGCGCUCUUUCUGAGCUGCUGGCAGAGGAUGCCAACAACAUCAGCGAGGCUUUCGCCGCCGCUUCUGCCGGUGACGGGGGCGCCAUGGACACAGUCAACGAGGCUCUCAACAAGAAGUUGUACCCUGGCGUGAACACAGACGUCCUGAAGACCGUGAGCGCGUCGGACCCCCUCUCCAAGGUUACCGGCAACAAUGAGAUCAUGCGCCUCAUCAACGACGACCCCAUUGUCACGGCCGCUCUCACAGAGAGGGACCCGGCCAAACUCGAUGCGUUCGUCAAGGACUACGCCGCCAGCCGCCGCUUCCGAUUCUCGCGAUGCACGUGGAAGAAGGAGGGAAGGAAGGCUAAUAUUCAGGUGUGA